AUGGCAAAUGUAUGCAUUACACUGGCACGGAGAAGACCGCCUAGAAGUCCACAUGAGCCGGCAGAAGCAUGUGUGAUGCCAGAAACUCAGGACGGGGUUUGGGUGGUAGGUGGUGCCGGUGUAGCAAAACUUCGCGAUCCCCAGCGCCUCCUCGGGGGCCGUGUAUCACCCCGGGUGACGGGUACCGGCUGCAAAAGGCCCCCGAAGUUCCCGCUGGGGGACGCGGCCUCCCUGCCCAACUUCAAGCUGCGGUCAUGUGAAAGGCAAGCACCUCCUCUGCUCACCGAUUUCUUAAAAUGGUCAGUUCUCCGCAUCCUUCAGCAAGUUAAAUUCCGGCUUAUCAAGCCUGUUGCUGUAGCUUUUCGCACCGCGUUGAUACUUUCUGUUACCAACAACACAGAAUGUGUGAAGCUACUGGAGGAAAUCAAAUGUGCACAUUGCUCACCUCACGCUCAGAACCUAUUCCACUCACCUGAGAAAGGGGAAACACCUGAAAGAGAACUAACUCUUCCCUACCUGUGCAAAGACUAUUGUAAAGAAUUCUAUUAUACUUGCAGAGGUCACAUACCAGGUUUUCUCCAAACUACAGCUGAUGAGUUUUGCUAUUACUAUGCAAGAAAAGAUGGUGGUGUAUGCUUUCCAGAUUUUCCAAGAAAACAAGUGCGAGGGCCAGCUUCUAACUCCCUGGACCACAUGGAAGAAUAUGACAAAGAGGAAGAGAUCAGCAGAAAACACAAGCACAACUGCUUCUGUAUUCAGGAGGUUGUGAGUGGACUAAGGCAGCCUGUUGGAGCAGUACAUUGUGGGGAUGGAUCCCAUCGCCUCUUUAUUCUUGAGAAAGAAGGAUAUGUGAAGAUUUUCAGUCCUGAAGGAGACAUACUCAAGGAGCCUUUUUUGGAUAUACACAAGCUUGUUCAAAGUGGAAUAAAGGGAGGAGAUGAAAGAGGACUGUUAAGCCUUGCAUUCCAUCCCAAUUACAAGAAAAAUGGAAAGCUGUAUGUGUCUUAUACCACCAACCAAGAACGGUGGGCUAUUGGACCUCAUGACCACAUCCUUAGGGUCGUAGAAUACACAGUAUCCAGGAAAAAUCCACACCAAGUUGAUAUGAGAACAGCAAGAGUGUUUUUAGAAGUAGCAGAACUACAUCGAAAACAUCUAGGAGGACAGCUUCUGUUUGGCCCAGAUGGUUUCCUAUACAUUUUUCUUGGAGAUGGCAUGAUCACUCUAGAUGAUAUGGAGGAGAUGGAUGGUUUAAGCGAUUUUACAGGCUCUGUAUUGCGCCUCGAUGUAAAUACUGACCUGUGCAAUGUCCCUUACUCCAUACCACGGAGCAACCCACAUUUUAAUAGCACAAACCAACCUCCUGAGAUUUUUGCACACGGACUCCACAAUCCAGGCCGGUGUGCUGUGGACCGCCACCCAACAGAUGUAAACAUCAAUUUAACUAUACUUUGCUCAGAUUCAAAUGGAAAGAACAGAUCUUCAGCAAGAAUCUUACAAAUAAUAAAGGGUAAAGACUAUGAAAGUGAGCCUUCACUUUUAGAAUUCAAACCGUUCAGCAGUGGAUCCUUGGUUGGUGGAUUUGUCUAUCGAGGCUGCCAGUCUGAAAGGCUCUAUGGAAGUUAUGUAUUUGGAGACCGCAAUGGAAAUUUUUUAACACUGCAACAGAGUCCUGCAACCAAACAGUGGCAAGAGAAACCCCUCUGUCUUGGCAACACUGGUUCAUGUAGAGGUUUCUUUUCAGGCCCUGUCUUGGGAUUUGGUGAAGACGAAUUAGGUGAGAUUUAUAUAUUAUCAAGCAGUAAAAGUAUGACACAGCCUCACAGUGGAAAACUCUACAAGAUCAUUGACCCAAAAAGGCCUUUAGUCCCUGAAGAAUGCAAAAGAACAGCUCAGUCCGCACAGAUACUGACAUCUGAAUGCUCAAGGCAUUGUCGAAACGGGCACUGCACUCCCACAGGAAAAUGCUGCUGUAAUCAAGGCUGGGAAGGAGAGUUCUGCAGAACUGCAAAAUGUGACCCAGCCUGUCGACAUGGAGGUGUCUGUGUAAGGCCUAAUAAAUGCUUAUGUAAAAAAGGCUAUCUCGGCCCCCAGUGUGAACAAGUGGAUAGAAACAUCCGAAGAGUGACAAGGGCAGGUAUUCUUGAUCAGAUCCUAGACAUGACAUCCUAUUUGCUGGAUCUAACCAGCUAUAUUGUAUAG